UUUCUAUUUCAACCCUUUGGACUACAAAAUUGCAUUUCAAAGGUCCUAAACUUUAGAAUUCGGAGCAAGAUGGAAAACAUCAAGAAGGCAUUCCAUGCCAAGUGUGAGGCCGACAGCAAAGGAUCAAAACACAUAAGUGUGGUUACAACUGCUGAAAUAUGGGAGAAACUCAAACCUAUGUAUGACCUUCUGUUCACCAAAGUAUACGAGAUUGAGACAGUCCUUGAUGAAGACCCUGGUAGUACAUGUGCAAAAGGAGAAUGUCACAUCCAGGAUGUGCCUCCUGACACAGAGAUGCCCAUCACAGAGUCUCUCAUCUCUGAGUUCCUAAGACAGGUCCCAGGCAAAGGAAAAGUCAGCCCCAUGUUGUCAUCUGUUAUCCCUGACGUAUUCUAUCAUGGGUUUUCAACCCGUUCUGGUGGGCUGUCACAGUUUCCCUCCCUGUCGUCUCUGAACCUGAACUUCAACCCGAACAGACGCGACCCACGCGUUGUCGUGCAGGAAAACCGGAGCCGUUUGGCCGCAGCGUGUGGGUUUGACGUGGAGAAGCUUCACAUUGCGAAGGCUGAGCACGGUGCCAGGGUCUGGGUGGUGGGGAAACACCCUCCGGCUGCCUAUGAUGCCAUUGUCACCAACAUCCCGGGCGUUACCAUAGCAGCACCGGGGGCAGACUGCACCCCCAUGCUGUUUGCCGAUCCUGUCAAUCAAGCUGUUGGAGCAGCCCAUUCUGGCUGGCGGGGGACGCUGGCUGGUGUAGCGGCUGAAACCCUGCGUGCUAUGGCCGAGAACUUUGGGACCGUACCAAGUGACGUCCUGGUUGCGCUCGGUCCCUCCAUCGGUCCCUGUUGUUUUGAAGUUGGGGAGGAUGUAGCAGAGAAGUUUGCUGCAGUCCAACCAGCCUGUGUGGUUAGAGAGGAAGGGAAAGAGAAGCCCAGAGUUGACCUGAGGAAGGUUACCCGUCUGUUGUUGGAGCAAGCAGGAGUCAAGCCUGGGAACAUAGAUGAUGGAACCCUGGGUACUGAAGCCACCGUGACGCUGUGUACAGUAUGUGAGCCUGAACAAAGGUUCUUCUCCUACAGGAGAGAUGGGGUACAGUAUGGAACACAGGUCGGAUUUAUUGGCAUCAAGACAGGGGAGUAGAUAUAUGUAGUAUCAGAACUAUGAGAAGGAAUUUGGGAUAUUUGAUAUCUGCCUAUGAUCUUCCAAACCACAAACAUUACCUAAGAUAACCUAGUAUCCUAGUGUAGUGUA